AUGGCCGACCGACUGCCGCUUCCGACGAGAACGCUCCGACCCGGCGCCCCGCGCCCCGUGCUCACCAGCCCCCCUACCUCUGGUGCCCUUCGGCCCCGCGCGCCCUUCGCCAGCGACCGCCUCGAGACGCCCGUUCCCCACCGACCUCCUCCAGCGACUGCCUCCGGGCUGUGGGAGCCACGCGCGACGGCUCUCGACGGCGAGGGAAAGCGAUCAAGGAACCGCGUGGCGAGCGAUCCC